GGAGACGAAGAUGGCGGCGGCGGCGGCGGUGACGGCGCUUCCCGUGCGGCUGAGGGCGAUCCGCCAGUGAGCGCCGAGACUGUUUCCACUUCGGGCGGGGGAGCGCCGGCCUGGCUCGGCUCUCUGGGCAGCGGAGCUUGCUGUCCCACCUCCGUCGAAACCGACCUUUCCCCGACCACCCCUCAACCCCUGUUUUCCCCUGCCUUCCUUGCAGAGGCCAUGGAGGACGAGGAGAGACAGAAGAAGCUGGAAGCCGGCAAAGCCAAGCUUGCCCAGUUUCGACAAAGAAAAGCUCAAUCGGAUGGGCAGAAUCCUUCUAAGAAGCAGAAAAAAAAGAGAAAAACGACAAGCAGUAAACAUGAUGUGUCAGCACACCAUGAUUUGAAUGUUAAUCAAUCACAGUGUGAUGAAAUGUACAUAAAUAGUUCUCAGAGAGUAGAAUCAACUGUGACUCCUGAAUCUACAAUAAUGAGAACUCUACCUAGUGGAGAAAUAACCAGUCAUGAGCAGGUCUUCUCUGUGGAACUGGAAAGUGAAAUUUCAACCACAGCAGAUGACUACAGUUCAGAGGUAAAUGGUUGCAGUUUUGUGAUGAAAACAAGAAAACCUACAAAUUUAUUAAGGGAAGAAGAAUUUGGUGUUGAUGAUUCUUAUUCUGAACAAGGAGCACAGUACAGUCUGACUCACCUAGACAUGAUGGAAAGUGAGUUGGCUGGGAAGCAGCAUGAGAUUGAAGAGCUAAACAGAGAGCUGGAAGAAAUGAGGGUUACCUAUGGGACUGAAGGACUGCAGCAGUUACAAGAAUUUGAAGCUGCCAUUAAACAAAGAGAUGGCAUUAUAACCCAGCUCACUGCUAAUUUACAACAAGCAAGAAGAGAAAAGGAUGAGACAAUGAGAGAAUUUUUAGAGUUGACAGAACAGAGUCAAAAAUUACAGAUUCAGUUUCAGCAAUUGCAGGCUAGUGAAACUCUGAGAAACAGCACUCAUAGUAGCACAGCUGCAGACUUACUACAAGCCAAACAACAGAUCCGCACUCAUCAACAGCAGCUUGAAGAACAAGACCACUUACUAGAAGAUUAUCAGAAAAAGAAAGAAGACUUCACAAUGCAAAUUAGUUUCUUGCAAGAAAAAAUUAAAGUAUAUGAAAUGGAACAAGAUAAAAAAGUAGAAAACUCAAAUAAAGAAGAAAUACAGGAAAAGGAGACAAUCAUUGAAGAAUUAAACACAAAAAUAAUAGAAGAAGAAAAGAAAACUCUUGAGCUAAAGGAUAAAUUAACAGCUGCUGAUAAAUUACUAGGAGAAUUACAAGAACAGGUUGUGCAAAAGAACCAAGAAAUAAAAAAUAUGAAAUUAGAGCUGACUAAUUCUAAGCAAAAAGAAAGACAAUCUUCUGAAGAAAUAAAACAGUUAAUGGGGACAGUCGAAGAACUUCAGAAGAGAAAUCAUAAAGACAGCCAGUUCGAAACUGAUAUAGUACAACGAAUGGAACAAGAAACACAAAGAAAGUUAGAACAACUCCGAGCAGAGCUGGAUGAGAUGUAUGGGCAGCAGAUAGUGCAAAUGAAACAAGAAUUAAUAAGACAACACGUGUCACAGAUGGAGGAACUUAAAACACGGCAUAAGGGAGAAAUGGAGAAUGCUUUAAGGUCAUAUCCAAAUAUUGUAGUUAAUGAAGAUCAGAUAAAGUUAAUGAAUGUGGCAAUAAAUGAACUGAAUAUAAAAUUGCAAGAUACUAACUCUCAAAAGGAAAAACUCAAGGAAGAACUAGGAGUAAUUUUAGAAGAAAAGUGUGCUCUGCAGAGACAGCUUGAAGACCUUUUUGAAGAAUUGAGCUUUUCAAGGGAACAAAUUCAGAGAGCUAGACAGACAAUAGCUGAACAAGAAAGUAAACUGAAUGAAGCACAAAAGUCCCUUAGUACAGUGGAAGAUUUGAAAGCUGAGAUUGUUUCUGCAUCUGAAUCCCGAAAGGAACUAGAAUUAAAACAUGAAGCAGAAGUUACAAAUUAUAAGAUAAAACUUGAAAUGUUAGAAAAAGAAAAGAAUGCUGUGUUAGACAGAAUGGCUGAAUCACAAGAAGCUGAAUUAGAGAGGCUGAGAACACAGCUUCUAUUUAGUCAUGAAGAAGAACUUUCCAAACUGAAGGAAGAUUUAGAAAUUGAACAUCGAAUAAAUAUUGAAAAACUUAAAGAUAAUUUAGGCAUUCACUAUAAACAGCAGAUAGAUGGUUUACAGAAUGAAAUGAGUCAAAAGAUAGAAACCAUGCAGUUUGAAAAAGACAAUUUGAUAACUAAGCAGAAUCAAUUAAUUUUGGAAAUUUCGAAGCUAAAAGAUUUACAGCAGUCUCUUGUAAAUUCAAAGUCAGAAGAAAUGACUCUUCAAAUCAAUGAACUUCAAAAAGAAAUUGAAAUACUCAGACAAGAAGAAAAGGAAAAGGGUACACUUGAACAGGAAGUUCAAGAAUUACAACUUAAAACAGAACUAUUAGAAAAACAGAUGAAGGAAAAAGAGAAUGAUCUUCAAGAAAAAUUCACACAACUUGAAGCAGAGAAUAGCAUUCUUAAAGAUGAAAAGAAAGCUCUUGAAGACAUGUUGAAAAUACAUACUCCUGAUAACCAAGAAGAAAGAUUGAUUUUCAUAGACUCCAUUAAGUCCAAAUCCAAAGACUCUGUCUGGGAAAAAGAAAUAGAAAUACUUACAGAGGAAAAUGAGGACCUCAAACAGCAAUGUAUUCAGCUAAAUGAAGAGAUUGAAAAGCAAAGGAACACUUUUUCAUUUGCGGAAAAAAACUUUGAAGUUAACUAUCAAGAGUUACAAGAGGAAUAUGCUUGCCUUCUCAAAGUAAAAGAUGAUUUAGAAGACAGUAAAAAUAAACAGGAAUUAGAGUAUAAAAGUAAGCUUAAAGCACUUAAUGAAGAGCUUCAUUUGCAAAGAAUAAAUCCAACUACAGUGAAAACGAAAAGUUCUGUCUUUGAUGAAGACAAAACUUUUGUAGCAGAAACAUUGGAAAUGGGUGAGGUUGUUGAGAAGGAUACAACAGAACUCAUGGAAAAACUUGAGGUAACCAAGCGAGAGAAAUUAGAGCUGUCACAGAGACUAGCUGAUCUUUCUGAACAAUUGAAACAGAAACAUGGUGAGAUUAGUUUUCUAAAUGAAGAAGUUAAAUCUUUAAAGCAAGAGAAAGAACAAGUUUUAUUGAGAUGUAGAGAGCUAGAAAUCAUUAUUAACCACAACAGGGCAGAAAAUGUACAGUCAUGUGAUACUCAAGUAAGCUCUUUAUCAGAUGGAGUUGUGACUAUGACAAGCAGAGAUGCUGAAGGAUCAGUUUCUAAAGUAAAUAAAAGUUUUGGUGAAGAAUCAAAAAUAAUGGUGGAAGAUAAAGUUUCUUUUGAAAAUAUGACUACUGGAAAAGAAAGUAAGCAAGAACAGUUGAUUUUGGAUCACUUACCAUCUGUUACAAAGGAAUCAUCACUUAGAGCAGCUCAACCAAGUGAAAAUGAUAAACUUCAGAAAGAACUCAAUGUACUUAAAUCAGAACAGAAUGAUUUAAGGCUACAGAUGGAAGCCCAACGCAUUUGCCUCUCUCUGGUUUAUUCAACUCAUGUGGAUCAGGUCCGUGAAUAUAUGGAAAAUGAAAAAGAUAAAGCUCUUUGCAGUCUUAAAGAGGAGCUUAUUUCUGCUCAAGAGGAAAAGAUCAAGGAACUUCAGAAAAUACACCAGUUAGAGCUACAGAAUACGAAAACUCAAGAAACAGGUGAUGAAGGAAAGCCUUUACAUCUGCUCAUUGGAAAACUUCGAAAGGCAGUGUCUGAAGAAUGUUCUUAUUUUUUACAGACUUUAUGCAGUGUCCUUGGUGAAUAUUAUACUCCUGCUUUAAAAUGUGAAGUAAAUGCAGAAGAUAGAGAGAAUUCUGGUGAUUACACUUCUGAAAAUGAAGAUCCAGAAUUACAAGAUUAUAGAUACGAAGUUCAAGACUUUCAAGAAAAUAUGCACACUCUUCUCAACAAAGUAACAGAAGAAUACAACAAACUCUUGGUACUUCAAACACGACUAAGCAAGAUUUGGGGACAGCAAACAGAUGGUAUGAAACUUGAAUUUGGAGAAGAAAACCUUCCAAAAGAGGAAACAAAGUUUUUAUCAAUCCAUUCUCAGAUGACCAGUUUGGAAGACAGUGAUGUCAAUCAUAAAAGCAAGUUAUCUUCUCUACAACAUCUUGAAAGAACUGAACAACUUGAAGAACAAGUUCAAGAAUUAGAAAGCCUCAUAUCCUCUUUGCAGCAACAAUUGAAAGAAACUGAACAAAGCUAUGAGGCAGAGAUCCACUAUUUACGGAAGAGGCUUCAAGCUGUUAGUGAGUCCACAGUUCCGCCAAGCUUCCCUGUUGAUUCGGUGGUAAUUACAGAAUCUGAUGCACAGAGAACAAUGUACCCUGGAAGUUGUGUGAAAAAGAAUAUUGAUGGUACAAUAGAGUUUUCUGGUGAAUUUGGAGUGAAAGAGGAAACAAAUAUCGUUAAGUUGCUUGAAAAACAAUACCAAGAACAAUUAGAAGAAGAAGUAGCUAAGGUUAUUGUGUCAAUGAGUAUAGCAUUUGCUCAACAAACUGAACUGUCUAGAAUAUCUGGGGGAAAAGAAAAUACUACAUCAUCAAAGCAAGCACAUGCUGUGUGUCAGCAAGAAAAACAGCAUUAUUUUAAUGAAAUGAAAUUAUCACAGGAUCAAACUGGUUUUCAGACUUCUGAGACAGUGGAUGUGAAAUUUAAAGAAGAAUUUAAACCACUUAGUAAAGAGUUAGGAGAACAUGGAAAGGAAAUUUUAUUAUCAAAUAAUGAUCCCGAUGAUAUACGAGAAUCAAAGGACUGUGUACUGACUAUUUCAGAAGAAAUGUUCUCCAAAGAUAAGACAUUUAUAGUCAGUCAGUCUAUUCAUGAUGAGAUUUCGGUGUCAAGCAUGGAUGCUUCUAGACAACUAAUGUUGAAUGAAGAACAAUUGGAAGAUAUGAGGCAGGAACUUGUACGACAAUACCAAGAACAUCAACAGGCAACAGAAUUGUUAAGGCAGGCACAUAUGCGACAAAUGGAGAGACAGCGAGAAGACCAGGAACAGCUACAAGAAGAGAUUAAGAGACUUAAUAAACAAUUAGCCCAGAGAUCCUCCAUAGAUAAUGAAAACCUGGUUUCAGAGAGAGAGAGGGUGCUUUUAGAGGAGCUGGAAGCACUAAAGCAGCUGUCUUUAGCUGGAAGAGAGAAGCUGUGUUGUGAGCUGCGCAACAGCAGUACGCAAACACAGAAUGGAAAUGAAAACCAAGGAGAAGCUGAAGAACAGACAUUUAAAGAAAAGGAAUUAGACAGAAAACCUGAACAUGUGCCUCCUGAGAUUUUGUCUAAUGAAAGGUAUGCACUCCAGAAAGCUAAUAACAGACUUUUGAAGAUCCUUUUAGAAGUUGUAAAGACAACAGCAGCUGUUGAAGAAACAAUUGGUCGCCAUGUCCUUGGGAUUCUAGAUAGAUCUAGUAAAAGCCAGUCAUCUGCCAGCCUAAUUUGGAGGUCAGAAGCAGAGGCAUCUGUAAAGUCAUGUGUCCAUGAGGAACAUACAAGAGUUACAGAUGAAUCCAUUCCCUCUUAUUCUGGAAGUGAUAUGCCAAGAAAUGACAUUAAUAUGUGGUCAAAAGUAACUGAGGAAGGAACAGAGCUGUCACAACGACUCGUGAGGAGUGGUUUUGCUGGAACUGAAAUAGACCCUGAAAAUGAAGAACUUGUGCUGAACAUUAGCUCUCGACUACAAGCAGCAGUUGAAAAACUCCUAGAAGCCAUAAGUGAAACUAGCAGUCAGCUUGAACAUGCGAAAGUUACACAGACAGAGUUGAUGCGUGAGUCAUUUAGACAGAAACAAGAAGCAACAGAGUCCCUUAAGUGCCAAGAAGACCUUCGAGAGCGCCUUCAUGAGGAGUCCAGGGCCAGAGAACAGCUAGCUGUGGAGCUCAGUAAGGCUGAGGGUGUCAUUGAUGGCUAUGCAGAUGAAAAAACUCUUCUUGAAAGGCAAAUUCAGGAAAAAACUGAUAUAAUAGAUCGUCUUGAGCAGGAGUUGUUAUGUGCAAGUAACAGAUUGCAAGAAUUGGAGGCAGAGCAACAGCAGAUCCAAGAAGAAAGAGAAUUACUGUCCAGACAAAAGGAAGCUAUGAAAGCAGAGGCAGGCCCAGUUGAACAACAAUUACUACAGGAGACAGAAAAAUUAAUGAAGGAAAAACUAGAAGUACAAUGUCAAGCUGAAAAAGUACGUGAUGACCUUCAAAAACAAGUGAAAGCUCUAGAAAUAGAUGUGGAAGAACAAGUCAGUAGGUUUAUAGAGCUGGAACAAGAAAAAAAUGCUGAACUAAUGGAUUUAAGACAGCAAAACCAAGCAUUGGAAAAGCAGUUAGAAAAAAUGAGAAAAUUUUUAGAUGAGCAAGCCAUUGAUAGAGAACAUGAGAGAGACGUAUUCCAACAGGAAAUACAGAAACUAGAACAGCAACUUAAGGUUGUUCCUCGAUUCCAGCCUAUCAGUGAACAUCAAACUAGAGAGGUUGAACAGUUAACAAAUCAUCUGAAGGAAAAAACAGACAAAUGCAGUGAACUUUUGCUCUCUAAAGAGCAGCUUCAAAGGGAUAUACAGGAAAGGAAUGAAGAAAUAGAGAAACUGGAGUUCAGAGUAAGAGAACUGGAGCAGGCGCUACUUGUAGAGGACCGAAAACAGUUUGGAGCUGUAGAAGCUAAACCAGAAUUGUCCCUAGAAGUACAACUGCAGGCUGAGCGAGAUGCAAUAGACAGAAAGGAAAAAGAGAUUACAAACUUAGAAGAGCAAUUAGAACAGUUUAGAGAAGAACUGGAAAAUAAGAAUGAAGAAGUUCAACAAUUACAUAUGCAAUUAGAAAUACAGAAAAAGGAAUCUACUACCCGCCUACAAGAACUUGAACAAGAAAACAAAUUAUUUAAGGAUGACAUGGAGAAACUGGGACUUGCCAUAAAGGAAUCUGAUGCUGUGUCUACUCAAGACCAACAUGUACUAUUUGGGAAAUUUGCCCAAAUAAUACAGGAAAAAGAGGUAGAAAUUGACCAAUUAAAUGAACAAAUUAUGAAACUCCAGCAGCAACUUAAAAUUACGACAGAUAACAAGGUUAUUGAAGAAAAAAAUGAACUGAUAAGGGAUCUUGAAACCCAAAUAGAAUGUUUGAUGAGUGAUCAAGAAUGUGUGAAGAGAAAUAGAGAAGAAGAAAUAGAGCAGCUCAAUGAAGUGAUUGAAAAACUUCAACAGGAAUUGGCAAAUAUUGGACAGAAGACACUAGUGGAUGCUCAUUCCCUCCCAGAAGAAGCAGACAGUUUAAAACAUCAAUUGGAUAUGGUUAUAGCUGAAAAGCUGGCCUUGGAACAGCAAGUAGAAACCACUAAUGAAGAAAUGACCUUCACGAAAAAUAUACUUAAAGAAACCAAUUUUAAAAUGAAUCAGCUAACACAGGAAUUAUCCAGCUUAAAGAGAGAACGUGAAAGUAUGGAAAAGAUUCAAAGUAUACCAGGGAAAAGUGUUAACAUGGCCAUAGAUGAUCUGAGCAAAGACAAACCUGAACUGGAAGUAGUCCUUACAGAGGAUGCUCUUAAAUCCUUAGAAAAUCAGACAUACCUCAAAUCUUUUGAAGAAAAUGGCAAAGGUUCCAUAAAUAAUUUGGAAACAAGGUUGCUACAACUUGAGAGCACUGUUAGUGCAAAGGACUUAGAACUUACCCAGUGUUAUAAACAAAUAAAAGACAUGCAAGAACAAGGCCAGUCUGAAAUAGAAAUGCUUCAAAAGAAGAUUCUAAAUCUACAGAAAAUACUUGAAGAAAAAGUGGCUGCUGCUCUUGUGAGUCAAAUCCAACUUGAGGCAGUUCAGGAAUAUGCAAAGUUCUGUCAAGAUAAUCAGACAAUUUCAUCAGAACCUGAAAGAACAAAUAUUCAGAAUUUAAAUCAACUAAGAGAAGAUGAGUCAGGGUCAAAUAUAUCAGCAUUAACCUUGAGAAUAUCAGAAUUAGAAAGCCAGCUUGUUGAAAUGCAUACUAGUUUGAUUUUAGGAAAAGAACAAGUAGAAAUUGCAGAAAAAAAUGUUUUAGAAAAAGAAAAGAAGCUGCUAGAACUACAGAAGCUAUUGGAGGGCAGUGAGAAAAAACAGGGAGGGAAAGAAAGGAAAAGAAGCCCUCAAGAUUUUGAAGUUCUCAAGACAACUACUGAGCUAUUUUUUUUUUAUGUUUUUUUUUGAUUUUUAAAUGAACUCGAGGCUCUUAGAGCUGAAUCAGUGUUUUUUUUAGCUUUUUUUUUCGGUUAUAAAGAAAAGACUGAAAAACUUCAAGGAGAGCUUUUGAUAAAAGAAACAAAUAUGGCAUCUCUUCAAAAAGACUUAUUUUUUUUUAGUUUUUUUUUCGCAGAGGCAAAAGAGAAAUUGUCCAUUUUAGAAAAAGAAGUUUUUUUUGCGUUUUUUUUUAACAAAAAGGCCUGCAUGUUCGAGCCACUUCCUGUAAAACUUUUUUUUUGCAUUUUUUUUUAGACAGAUGGGGCUCUGAAGGUCAAUAGCAGCAAUCAGACUUUUUUUUUUCUUUUUUUUUUUGCAGGAAUACAAAUUGAUUUACAGAGUGAAUGUUCCUCAGUUUUUUUUACUUUUUUUUUUAGUCAGUUUACUGAAAAAAUUGAGAAGAUGCAAGAACUACAUGCUGCUGAAAUUUUGGACAUGGAAUCCAGACAUAUUUCAGAAACUGAAACCUUAAAGAGGUUUUUUUUUGUUUUUUUUUUGUUACUGAAAGAGGAAUGUGGUACCUUGAAGGCAGUGAUACUUUUUUUUAGAUUUUUUUUUGGAUCCGCAAUUCCUGAGUUAACACAUUCUGAUGCUUUUUUUUUUAGUUUUUUUUUCUCCAGUGAUUCUGGAUCAGACUGGGGUCAGGGAAUUUAUCUUACUUUUUUUUAAGUUUUUUUUUCAGCAUCAGAAGGCCGAGGAGAAGAAAGUGAAAGUGCAACAUUUUUUUUUCCUUUUUUUUUAAAGGGAUUACUGAGAGCUGUCCAUAAUGAAGGCAUUUUUUUUUUUUUUUUUUUUUAGUCUCCCUAUAAUGAUGGAGAGGACCAUUCUAUUCAGCAGAUUUCAGAAUCUUGGCUAGAAGAGAGAAAAGCUUACCUCAGUACAAUCUCAUCUCUAAAGGAUUUAAUUACCAAAAUGCAACUGCAAAGAGAAGCUGAGGUUUAUGAUAGUUCUCAAUCUCAUGAGAGCUUUUUUUUCUGUUUUUUUUUACUACUGCUUGCCCUUCAACAAGUUUUCUUAGAAGAGCGUAUUUUUUUUCUAUUUUUUUUUCGGACGGAGCUGACAGCUCUAGGUACUACAGAUGCAGUUGUAAUCUCUUUUUUUUCAAUUUUUUUUUUAUCAACAAAUAUUUAUAAACCAAAUAUGAGUUGCUUGAUUUUUUUUUUAAUUUUUUUUUUGUUCUGUGUAGAACUCUUGGAAUAUAAUAUACAGCAGAAGCAGUCUCAAAUGCUGGAGAUGCAAGUGGAGCUCAGCAGUAUGAAAGACAGAGCAACGGAACUGCAGGAACAGCUGAGUUCUGAGAAAAUGGUGGUGGCUGAACUGAGGAGUGAGCUUGCACAAACUAAACUGGAACUAGAAACAACACUCAAGGCACAGCAUAAACACCUAAAGGAAUUGGAGGUUUUUAGGUUGGAAGUUAAAGAUAAGACAGAUGAAGUACAUUUGCUUAACGACACAUUAGCAAGUGAACAGAAAAAAUCAAGAGAGCUCCAAUGGGCUUUGGAGAAAGAGAAAGCGAAGUUGGGACACAGUGAAGAACGGGAUAAAGAAGAACUUGAGGAUCUGAAGUUUUCACUUGAGAGUCAGAAACAAAGGAAUCUUCAGCUAAAUCUACUUUUGGAACAACAGAAACAACUACUGGACGAAUCCCAGCAAAAAAUAGAAUCACAGAGAAUGCUAUAUGAUGCCCAGUUGUCAGAAGAACACGGUCGAAACUUAGAGCUUCAAGUACUUCUUGAAUCUGAGAAAGUUCGAAUUCGGGAAAUGAGUAGUACCCUAGAUAGGGAGCGGGAAUUGCACGCACAGCUGCAGAGCAAUGAUGGUACUGGGCAGUCUCGGCCAUCCUUGCCCUCAGAGGACCUACUGAAAGAGCUGCAGAAACAGCUAGAGGAAAAACACAGUCGCAUAGUAGAACUGUUAAAUGAGACUGAAAAAUAUAAACUGGAUUCUUUGCAAACACGACAGCAAAUGGAAAAAGAUAGGCAGGUUCAUAGGAAAACACUGCAGACAGAACAAGAGGCCAACACUGAGGGACAGAAAAAAAUGCAUGAGCUCCAGUCCAAAGUGGAAGAUCUUCAGCGCCAGCUGGAAGAGAAAAGACAACAAGUUUAUAAGUUAGACCUUGAAGGACAGAGACUACAAGGAAUCAUGCAGGAAUUCCAGAAGCAAGAACUAGAACGAGAAGAAAAACGAGAAAGUAGAAGAAUUCUGUAUCAGAACCUUAAUGAGCCAGCCACAUGGAGCUUAACCAGUGAUCGAACUAGAAAUUGGGUUCUUCAACAGAAAAUAGAAGGAGAAACAAAGGAAUCAAACUAUGCUAAAUUGAUUGAAAUGAAUGGAGGAGGAACCGGCUGUAAUCAUGAAUUAGAAAUGAUCAGACAAAAGCUUCAAUGUGUAGCUUCAAAACUACAGGUUCUAGCCCAGAAAGCCUCUAAGAGACUACAGUUUGAAAUAGCAGAUGAUGAAGAUUUCAUUUGGGUUCAGGAAAAUAUUGAUGAAAUUAUUUUACAACUACGGAAAUUAACUGGCCAACAAGGUGAAGAGCCCAGCUUGGUGUCCCCAAGUACUUCUUGUGGCUCCUUGACUGAAAGACUACUGAGACAAAAUGCUGAGCUGACGGGGCAUAUAAGUCAACUGACUGAAGAGAAGAAUGACUUAAGGAACAUGGUUAUGAAGCUGGAAGAGCAGAUCAGGUGGUAUCGACAGACAGGAGCUGGUAGAGAUAAUUCUUCCAGGUUUUCAUUGAAUGGUGGUGCCAACAUUGAAGCCAUCAUUGCCUCUGAAAAAGAGGUAUGGAACAGAGAAAAAUUGACUCUCCAGAAAUCUUUGAAAAGGGCAGAGGCUGAAGUAUACAAACUGAAAGCUGAACUAAGAAAUGACUCUUUACUUCAGACUCUAAGCCCUGAUUCUGAACAUGUCACUUUAAAGAGAAUUUAUGGCAAAUACUUGAGGGCAGAAAGUUUUCGAAAGGCUCUCAUUUACCAGAAGAAAUAUCUGCUGCUGUUACUGGGUGGGUUCCAGGAAUGUGAAGAUGCCACUUUGGCCCUGCUUGCCCGGAUGGGGGGGCAGCCAGCUUUCACGGAUCUAGAGGUGAUCACCAAUCGCCCAAAGGGCUUCACCAGGUUUCGGUCGGCCGUCAGAGUAUCCAUUGCAAUUUCCAGAAUGAAAUUUUUGGUUCGACGGUGGCAUCGAGUCACAGGUUCUGGUUCCAUCAAUAUUAACAGAGAUGGCUUUGGACUGAAUCAAGGUGCAGAAAAGACUGACUCAUUUUUUCAUUCUUCUGGUGGGCUGGAGCUAUAUGGAGAACCAAGACACACAACGUAUCGCUCAAGAUCAGAUCUGGACUAUAUUAGGUCCCCUUUACCAUUUCAGAAUAGGUACCCAGGCACUCCAGCUGAUUUCAUUCCUGGUUCUUUAGCAUGUUCUCAGCUUCAGAAUUACGAUCCUGACAGAGCCCUAACAGAUUAUAUCACUCGGCUGGAGGCACUGCAAAGACGACUUGGAACUGUACAGUCAGGUUCAACUACUCAAUAUCAUGCUGGCAUGAGAAGAUAAUCCUUUGAAACAUCAUUAGUUGAAGUGAUUUUAAACAGAUUUCAUUUUGUAAAUCAUUGGUUCUUUUGUGCUUUUGUAUUGUGAAUAUUCGAUGGGACCAAUAUGAACACAGCUUAUGAUUGUAUACAAAUCCCUUGCCAGCACAUGAAAACAAACUGGAAUUUGUAUAUAUAAGCAUUGUGUAUGCAUUCAUGCACAAUAAUCAUUGAAUUACCUGUAUAUUUGUGGAAUGCUAAUUUAAAACAUUAAAUUAUGAACCUUGUGUAUUUAUCAAAUGGGUGAAAAGAUUAAACUUUUACGCAUUACAAUACUGCUGAAUGUGUAGCUCGAGGUGUCCUGCACUUUCCUUAUAAGGCUACUGAAGUUACAUGUUUUGCCUAAUAUAUUCUACUGGUGAUAAAAACAGAUAAUAUCACUUGUAGAGACCUAUUUUUGUAUAAUGGUAGAAGUUUCGAAUUUUAUGGGGUAUUUUGUCAAGUACUGAAAUAAAAAUGACUUCACCAUUUUCACCACA